AUCAUUCAUAACUCGUCAAUCAGUCUCCGGAUCAAUCUUGGACUAGUGUUGGCAUACUUUCGGGUUGCACCGGGACGAUUGCCGGUGAAGAAUUUGUGUGACUCAACAAUCCUUGAUUGUUCCGAUGCAUAUCAAGUUCGAGCACUGUAACCCAACGUAGCGACAUAAAACUUCAGAGCAACAUCUCAAAUUUCAAAGACCUUCAUAUUUCCGCGGCGACUCUACCUGAUGAUGACGGGACUGUCAAAAUCAGCUUACAACCAAGAGCAGAUAGCUCUCUUCGAAGGGCUUGUCUGUUUCCUCACAAAGUAUCGGCAGUGCAACAAGCCGGUUCGUAAUCUAGCUUAUCUCACCGCCCUCCACGCACACACCAUCUCAACCAUUCCUUACGAAAAUUUGUCUUUGCUCUACUCCGAAUCGCGGCUGGACACACAUGGUCAGCCUUGUAGGCUUCCCAGACAAAAUGCAUUACAUGAUCGAUGUGGCAUUUGGAGGCGACGGCGCUACCAAGCCAAUUCCCUUGACACAUGAUCAGGCAUUGCAAAAUCUUGGUACUCAAGAGGUCCGCCUGGUGCAGGACCAUAUCGCGAACCAAGUCUUUCGGACAGAAGCUUCGAAACUCUGGAUCUACCAGUACCGAAAUGGACUAGCAAAGGAGCUGAACUCUUUUUACGCCUUCUCCGAGGGGGAGUUUUUGGAAGCAGACUUCAAAGUCGUGAACUGGUAUACAAGCACGUCACACGAUUCUUUCCCAAAAUUUCGCCUAUCAGUUGUCAAGUUUCUCGGAAAGAGAGCAAAUCUUGAAGAUUGGGCGGAAGGUGAUGAAGAGAUUAUCGGAAAGAGGAUGUUGGUAGGCUCCGUUUUGAAGGAGAAGCUGGGAGGGAAGACCCGUAUCGUUAAAGACUGCCAGCAUGAGAGCGAUAGGGUCAAGGCCCUGGAGGAUUGGUUUGGGAUCCAAUUAACCACAGAAGAAAAGGCAAGCAUCAAAAGGCAUUGGACAGAAAUUAGAAGUUAAGCGGCUAGUUAAGGCGUCCCAUGAUUCCACGCUUAGCUCGCGCCCACCAUACAGAUUCCCCUUUGGUGCGAUCAGUGGUCUAGAAAUGCCGGAGCCACGGCGAUAAUCUUCUAGAAGUCCCCGGGCCCAGCGACGACGCAAUUUACUCGGGAUAUGGCGAAUGCUAUUUCUCUAGUCUCUACCUGGGUAUCCUGCAGCUCAAUGCCCCAUUACAGCGCAUCAAAGCGACGAGAUAGAGCGAC